GUGGGUGGGGCAGCGGCGGCGCUAGGAGACUCUCGCGAUGAUAUGAGACCCAACGCGGGAUCGGGUUUGGGUUGCCAGGAGACAACGCAGCCUCUGUAGACCAGCGCCUGCCCCGGAGUAGUAUCGGUGUUUGACUGCUGGCAACAUGGCGCCCAAAAAGAAAGGGAAGAAAGGCAAAGCCAAGGGCAACCUGGUUGUUGAUGGACUCGCACCAGAGGACAUGACGAAGGAGCAGGUCGAGGAACAUGUUUCGCGUAUCCGGGAAGAGCUGGACCGAGAACGAGAGGAGCGCAACUACUUUCAGUUAGAACGUGACAAAAUCCACACCUUCUGGGAGAUAACAAGAAGGCAGCUGGAGGAAAAGAAGGCUGAGCUUCGAAACAAAGACCGUGAGAUGGAGGAGGCAGAGGAGAGGCACCAGGUGGAGAUUAAGGUGUACAAACAGAAAGUAAAGCACCUGUUGUAUGAGCACCAGAACAACCUAGCCGAGGUGAAGGCUGAGGGCACUGUGGUCAUGAAGCUGGCCCAGAAGGAGCACCGCAUGCAGGAGGGUGUACUGAGAAAGGACAUGCGGGCACUGAAAGUGGAGCUCAAGGAGCAGGAGCUGGCUAACGAGGUGGUGAUAAAGAACCUUCGUCUGAAACAUGCUGAGGAGAUGACCAAGAUGCGAAAUGACUUUGAAAGGCAAGUUCGAGAAAUUGAGACCAAGUAUGAUAAGAAGAUGAAGAUGCUGAGAGAUGAGCUUGACCUGCGGAGAAAGACUGAGAUCCAUGAGGUGGAGGAGAGGAAGAAUGGCCAGAUCAGUACGCUGAUGCAGCGUCAUGAGGAGGCCUUCACUGAUAUCAAGAACUACUACAAUGACAUCACUCUUAACAACCUGGCCCUAAUCAAUUCCCUCAAGGAACAGAUGGAGGACAUGCGGAAGAAAGAAGAGCACCUGGAGAGGGAGAUGGCGGAGGUGGCUCUGCAGAACAAACGGCUGGCAGAACCUCUGCAGAGAGCAAGGGAAGAGAUGAAUGAGAUGCAGAAGAGAAUUGCGAGCUAUGAACGGGACAAGCAGAUCUUGAUUUGUACGAAGGCACGUUUAAAGGUUGCUGAGAAAGAUCUGAAAGACCUGCAGUGGGAGCAUGAGGUACUGGAGCAGCGAUUCAUCAAGGUGCAGCAGGAGAGAGACGACCUCUAUCGUAAAUUCACUGCAGCCAUCCAGGAGGUGCAGCAAAAGACAGGCUUCAAGAACCUGUUGUUGGAGCGUAAACUGCAGGCACUGAAUGCUGCAGUGGAGAAGAGGGAGGUGCAGUUCAACGAGGUGCUGGCAGCCUCCAACUUGGAUCCUGCAGCACUAACGCUUGUGUCCCGAAAACUGGAGGAUGUUCUGGAAUCGAAGAAUACCACCAUCAAGGACUUACAGUAUGAGCUGGCCCGGGUCUGCAAGGCCCACAAUGACCUGUUGCGUACAUAUGAGGCGAAGUUAUUGGCCUUCGGGAUCCCCCUGGACAAUGUGGGAUUCAAGCCCCUGGAGACAGCAGUGAUUGGACAGACACUGGGACAGGGCCCUGCAGGACUUGUGGGUGCCCCUACAUAGCCACCUUCUGGGGCUUUUGCCUUUAGACUGCGUGCCUCACUUUGCAAGUGAUACCCGUUCUACUCCAAGAACAUCAGGUUUUUGUUUUGUACACUUCAUCAGCAAUGAACGUUGUCCACACUUCCUUUGCAUUCUGUCUUUGUUGGGAAGAAGUACCUGCAAGGCUUCUGCUAAGGUCUCUUUGUCUACUUGAUUCCAUGUACUGCCCAGUUUGUGUCACACUUGCCCCUUUGAGUCCUGCCUCCUACCUCUGCAGUCCUUUCUCUGAGUGUACCUCUGAGUACUAACCUUCCAGCAAGAUGGUACCUCAUUGUCCUUUGUUUAGCAUGAAGCCCAUGUUCUUGAUUUGGCUGGGCAGAGCAAGAGAAGACUGGCAGGCUUCCUCCUUUGGGCCAGGCUCUGUACAACCUCCCCUGGUAGGUGAUAUAGAACCAUGGGUUCAAUAGCAGAGACUUGUGAAAUUUAUAAGACUCUGUCCUAGUUUUGUUUUCUGUUGCUGUGAUAAACACUGUGACCAAAAGCAA